CACAACGUGUUUGUUUACGUUACCGUGGCUACCGAGGCAGAUUCAGCGAUUGUAGGACUUGAGCUCAGAUGAAAUGUUUACAAAGAAUAAUAGCCCAGCGUAGCAGUUUUCACAAGGAACUUAUUUCACCUGAAGUCGACGUAGCCUGACGUCAUACCACAAAGAUGAGUGCAAUUGUCACAGAUGUUGAGGAAAAUAAACCGGGUAGAAAAUGUUUACUGGGAAACUGGGUUGAGGAGGGGGCUACUGCACAGCUAGACAGUUCCAGACCUAGAACAUGUAUUCAAAAGCACGGACACACAGGCAUUCUUACGAUGGACGUGGCAGCUAAAGUGCAGGGGACCAGCACAUUCAGAGCUGCUUUUAAUGCUCCUACAAGCCUUAGGAUGCGACAAAGAGGAAGACGGACUGAACUUCUGGAAAACGACCUCAUCAAAAGAAUAAGGGAUAAGAUAAAUGCUGACCUGAGCGCAGAUCCUCCAAUCACAGAGUUGUCCUCGGUAACAAAAGCAGACUACAAGGUGGAGGGCUUCAAAUCUGUCCGUGCAUGUCCAAAUUCAACCAUGGGUCAUGAAUAUACAACCGAACAGGCCAUCACAUUUUGGAGUGAUAACUAUCAGAAGAUUCAGGGCAUGACAGCAGUUACAAGGAAGGACAGUCCAUUUAAAAGAAAUGCCACUUUUAGUACACCAAUCGGUGAACAACUAGAUCAGCUGGAUGACACAAUGUUGUACCCAUCAGAAAAGGAUGCUCAUUUGUGAGGAAUUAACAAAUGUUAUCGUUGUAUCAUAAACAGCAAAUGGGAGAAGUAUAUUCAAUGCUGUGAAUCUAAAUGCAAGUCUUUAAAUAACUGUUUAUCUUACUCAUUUUACAGUUCACCUUCACCACCUCAAAUCAAUCUUUUUUUCCAUUAAUUUAAACUAAGUUUUUAAAUAGGUACGUUAAUCAUCAUUAAUCAACAGGAAAUUAAAAGUUAACACUCUUGUCAUCUGUCAGAAACAGCCAGCUAAAUGUAUGUAAUUUACACACAGGUUGUUUUUUUUUUAAUGUUUAAUGGAGACUUCUUAUAGAUGUAAUGACUUCUAUACUGUAGUGUACAGACUGUAUAAUAUCAAACUCUACACCUAAACCAAACUCUUGCAGAAAACAUUAUGCAAUUUUACAUUUUCAAAAUUCUGCAGGAUUUAUGAGCCGUUUUCCAUAUGGACACCCAAAAAAAAUCCUAGAAUUUAUUUAUCCCAGAAGUUAUUACCUCUAGUUGGUGACAUUUGAUCCUCAGAACCUAGUGAUAAUUCAAAGAAACACAUAUUUAUCUUUCUAUCUAUCAAUCUAUCUGUCUAUCAAUCUAUAUCUAUAUACAUGCAACAGACUGACAGUUUUCUCUGGAUAAAUGUGAAAUGGUAAAUUUGGUUGCACCCCAAAACCAUCUGCCUUUUUUCACAAAAAGGAGAGCUCUAACCAUUAGCUAAAAUCGACUGCUGCUGUGUUUCUUUGGAUUAGGAUGGCUUACUUUCACACAGCUGUGCUGCCAGUCUCAGAGCUGCUCUGUCGCUGCAAUCCUCUUUCAUGCUUUCAGCAGGGAUUAAUGUUGGGUAGCUAUGGCAACAAGUAAUUUUAGACUUCAUUAAUUCAGUUUCCAUUUGUUUUUACAAAGCUGUUUUCUUGGAGGAAUGUGACAAAGUUUUAAAACUAUUCUGAUUCCUGAAAAGAUUCAUCUUGUUACUUAAAUACAAAACUAUUUUACAUGAUUGUUGCAGCUAGAUCUAUUAUGAAAUGUUUUAUAUGUCUAUCCACUAUUCAGCUCUUAAACAGCAUCUAUGUAUUUGAGACUUGAUUUUUACUUCUAGUAAGGGCUCCUUUUUUCUAUAUAUUUAUUUUAAGAAACAUAAUUAAAUACGUAACUAGAACAAAACAAACAGUCAAACAUGUGUGCUACCAUGUCAGUUUGUAAGUAUAAUAGUAUAAAGCUUUGCAAAUUGACCUCUGGCAACAGGAGUAACUGUGACAGAGCUGAUAGUGGGCAGUAAUUAGGAAUCAUGGGGGUGAGAAGCAGCUGUGAACAUGAGUGCUGACACACAGAUGCAUUAAAGGCACAGAUGCCAAAUGGGUUCCUAAUGAUCAAACUAUGAUGUCAUCCCUAUUUACCACUGACUGGAGUGAGCAGUAAUGACCUAAGGAUGUUCUUCAAUGAGCAGACAUUUUGUGGUUUAAUAGAGAGAGUAAAAUGAAAUACUUCACGUUCAGUUGUUUAGUUUUUAGGACAAAAGUAUCUCCAGCAAAAAAAAAA